CAAAAAGACCACUAGACCACUGGAAAUUUCCUGUCAGCUUAAAGAACCUGACAAGUAUCUGAGCGUAGUGACAGGAUGUUGGAUAGAGAGUCUUAGAGAGACGAGCCUUGUGCAGUGUACUGAACUACAUCAUUCCUGGCAAAAUCAAAUCAAAAUGACGAUCAUCAUAUUCCUUUUUUUGUUGCCUGCAUCUCUUCAGGAAGAAAGUCUGGGUCGUUUACAUCCAGCAUUUAUUUACAAUGGUGGAUUGACCAAAGUGAACGAAGGCGAGAACAUCACUUUUAUGUGUUCAGCUGAUAAUAUAACAGAAAGCACCAAUUUAAUAGAAAUGUAUCUCUUCAAAAAUGGUGAGAGAGUCCAGAAAAAAGCUGUUGAAGCUAGAAGAAGAGACAAUACAACAUUUCCCCUUACCAGUCUUACUAUAGAACAUUCUGGAUUGUACACAUGUUUUUACUCUGAAGAGAAACCCGGUGUCAUUAAGACAAAACAAACAGGACACAACUCCAUCUCACUCGAGGUUUGGGGUAAAAUAUUACCAGCAAGGAUUGAAAGUACAGAAACUUCAGUAAGAAAAGGAGAAACUCUGAAACUGACCUGCACCUUUACAAAAAGUCAAAACUGUGCUCAAGUCUACGUUUAUCUCUGUGUCAAUGGGAUCGGAAACAGCGAGAAGCAGGUGAACUGUAACAACACGACCGUUUCCACAACAUUUCACCUGAUAGUCUCUGAAAACUCUGUGAACUACAGCUGUGUGUAUUCAGUGUCUAACUACAAUGUCAGUGAGGUGCGAUAUACAGGAGAAAACACCAUCUUCGUCCAUGGGGGUGAAUUCUCCCAUAUCAUGGUGUUGAAGAGAAAUCUUCUCAGGCUGAUCUUCUCAGUUGGAGUGCUGAUGCUUGCGUGCUUCAUUAUUAUUUUUGAUUUCAAGACACGUAUUCGUUCAGAAGAACCAGAACUGCAGACCUAAUGUCUGGAACGGUGCUUUUUCUGUUUUUUCUUUUUUCUUUGUUCUUUCUUUCAUGUAAAAAAAAUCAGUUCUAUUAAUAAACACUUAUCUCAACUGAA